GGAAGUAUUGCUAAUACUCUUAGGAACCCGCAGCAGCCCGACAAUGUAAUAUGUGUCAUUAUUAGCAUUGUGGGGCGGCUCCGCUAAUGUUAGCUUAUGUUAGCUCUCUCAAACCCUGCUGUGCUAGUUAGAGGUACAACAUCAGGAAGAGUUCAAAGGUUAAAAAUUAGUAACUAUAACUUGUGAUAAAAUGACAGCUGUCCUACUGUAGUUAUCUCCAUAAAAGCUACUAUGAACUGUUGAUUUAACUAACACAGACUCCCAAGUUGCGAAAGUGUGUAACUGUUUGUUAAUUAAGUAAAUUAGCCAAACAAAAAGUGAAGUGUAGUGUCAGGUUUUGUAUCCCUAGCAGUUUUUAUUUUGCUUAUGUUACAUCUUAAUACGUUAAUAUUUGAGCAUAUACUGACAAUAUCUGUAGAUGAAGGGGAAUAUAAUAAGAAGACACAGUUGUUUUCCAUCUAUUUAUCUAGAGCCAUAGCAGUCCAGUGAUUAAUCAGUCUGUUGAUAUACAAAGGAAAUAAUCUGCAGCAGUUUUGGCACUGGAGUUUGUUGGAGGUUGUUGUUGCCGUGAUUCAUAAUAACUAAAUAUCUUCAAAUCCGAGGUUGUGAUUUAAACAGAACAAGACAUCUAAACAUGUAAAGUUGAUAAUAAAUCAAAGUGCUGGGAAUGGAGCCCCCGCUGCCACCUGAAGCGGUCCGGGAGCUGGUGUGCUCCUGCCUGCACAGAGACCCGGUAGCAGCAGACCUCCGGUGCAGCCUGUUUGUCGCCGCUGCACAGAACUACAAGAGGGACUCGCUGCUCAGACCCUUCCCACCGCGUUACUUAAGCGGGGACAAUAAGGACUUUGAGGAGCUGUUGGCAGAUGUGAACUCGCUGCCCGGUGUGAGAGAGCUGGUGAGACUGCGAUCUGGAGAGGGAGAUCACCAUCUGGCUCUCACACACUGGAUCCUGUCUUCAAAGAGCUUUGCUGUGAAGACGCUACAGAAAGAUGAGUACUCCAAACUUUGCAGCCUGACGGAGAAUGGAGAGAUCUCUGCUCCGGUGCCAGACUUCCUCUUCGAGCUGGAGUACUCUGACCAGAUGAACGCCAGGUUCGAGAGGACGAGAGACGGACGAGACGUCUUCUACGCAUUCCACGGGAGCCGGCUGGAGAACUUCCACUCGAUCGUUCACAACGGACUUCACUGUCAUCUCAACAAGAACUCCGUGUUCGGAGAAGGGACCUACCUCACCAGUGACCUCAGCAUGGCUGUCCUCUACAGUCCCCACAGCAGCGGCUGGAGAGACAGUAUCCUAGGGCCUCUACUCAGCUGUGUCGCCCUGUGUGAAAUCAUCGAUCAUCCAGAUGUUAAGUGCCAGGUGAAGAAAAAAGAUUCUGAAAUCAUAGACCGCCAGCGCUCACGGGCGAAGAACAGCGAAGGAGGAGAUGUACCGCAGAAAUAUUUUGUAGUCACCAACAAUCAGCUUUUACGAGUCAAGUACUUGCUUGUUUACUCUCAGAGGAGGCAUCUUUCCAGACAUUCCCGCGGCAGCUCGUGGCUCCUCCGACACCAUUUCGCCAUCAUGAUGAGCCUCUACAUUCUGCUGCUCGUAUUCAUCGGUGCCUUCAACUCCACCACCUUCACCUCCUUUUGGAACAGACUGUUCAGGUGACAGGACAACAGGACCGACGGCCUGGAUGUUUUAUUGUCCACGGUGCCUUCCGCACGGCCACACCCAGUUUUAUGCACCUUUAUACUGUAGUUGAUUUCAUUAUUUGUUCAAAUGGUUAUAAUGACUGUUAUAUCAAGAUAACACAUCUAAGUACCCGUUAUUGGGGCCCUGUUGUGUAAUGAGACCUUUGUUUUCAGAGUUAUGCAAUGAUUCCUCCUGUGAAUUGAAGGGUUUUGAUUGGAGUUUUAAAAGGAGAAGAAGGAAAAAAAGCUGCACGUUCACAAUCAUCUUGUUUGCUGUUUCUGGAGCGUGCAUCCAGAUGCUUAGUUUGGUUUUAAGAGCUAAGAACUUCUAUUACAAUAAUUUACUUUGUUAUGUUAUCUGCAUCUAUCCUUUUAUUUAAUAGUGGUGUUGCAGACAGACAUUAAGCUGACAUAUUUAGGGCUGACUAAUAUUAAUGGUUGAUUGCAGAAAUGCCAGUGAAAAGCUGAUUUGUAACAAUCUUUGUUCUCGAGUCUUUACGACGUGCAUCCUCUUAGAGGCCUCUUACGAUUUUGUCACCAAUAAAAUAGUUCUUUUAAAUGCAA